CCAUUAGUUAUAGUUAUCACCCACCACUUUAGACAUUCUGUCAUCUUCCUCCUCCUUCAUUCAUACUCAAAGCCUUCCACAUAUCUAUCAUACUCAUCCACAAACUAUAAUUUGCUUCAACCACCAUUACUUUGUUAAACAUAAACUUCUUAUAUAUAUAUAUCAAGCAAGCUAGUUUUGGAGGCUUUGUCAUUGCAUUAGGUACGUUACACAACGCAAAUGGGGAAUUACAUCUCUUGUACCUUGUCAACUCCAUUACCCAAACACAAACACUCGUCAAGAUCAACCAAAGUGAUCCUCCCAAGCGGCGAAAUCAAGCAGUUCCAGGCACCCGUCAAGGCGGCGGAGCUCAUGCUCAUGCUAGACAUGCCAAGCUUCUUCCUUGUCAACUCUCAAUCCCUCAAAAUCGGGUGCCGGUUCUCCCCUCUCAGCGCUGAUGAGGACUUGGAAUUGUCCAAUGUGUAUGUCAUGUUUCCCAUGAAGAGACUCAACUCUACUGUCAAGGCCGGUGACAUGGCUGCCUUGUUUGUGACCGCCAAGCGCGUAGCUCGUGCGAAGGUGAGGGUGUUGCCGGAGGCCGCCGGGGAGGUUGCUGAUCAUCAAGUGGUUGAGGAGGUGAAGAUGGUGCCUAAGCUUAGCUUGGAUGACAUAGAAGAGUUUUCAAAGGAGGAAUUCAUGCAUAGGUUGUCUAUGACUAGGUCAAAGAAGCCUUUGCUGGAGACCAUAGUAGAGGAGCCAAUUUGCUCAAGAUGAUUAAUUUGGUGUUUGGUUAUUAAAAAAAAUAAAUCCCCUUGUGAGCUCUCUUUGUAGUUUUAACCAAAGGGAGAUUAAUUCUUUUUAGGAAUUUAAGGAUUCAUGUGUUUGCAUGUGGAAGGUAAAGGGGGAAGACUAAGCAAACGUAAAACAGAAUAUUAAUAGCAUUAUUGUUCUUUUAAAUAUUGUGAGAAUGCAAAUGUCUACAAUAUUAAUUGUUCUA